UUCACAGUACAGCAGGUCUGGUCAGACCAGGAUUACAGAGUUAUCGGAUUAGAGAACAUUACUGCAAGGAUUCAGGCUUCUCUAGCUCAACUAGUCCAUGUUAACCAUGGUGUCCACCCAGCUGGUCCCAAUUUCCUGUCCCAUUUCCUCUAAGUUUCAUCCAUGCCUGUACCUGUUCAAGUUUUUCUUAAAAGACACUAUUAUACCUGCUUCAACUACUUCCUCUGGAGCUAGUUCCACAUACUUUUGGGAAGGGAAUUUCACGUGGAUUGAUGGAACUGACUACACUUAUACAACAUGGGUUGGAGGUCAGCCUGAUGAUUACCAAAGCAAUGAAGACUGUGUGCGGAUUGAUUAUUUUACAGGUACUCCAUACUGGAAUGAUUUGUCCUGUGACACGAAUCUUGGUCUUGUUGGUGCUUACAAACUUCACUGUAUUUAGAAGACUACAGAACCAUCCACUCAUCAUUUCCAUCAGUGGAUUCAGUGCUUUGAUUUAUUUGUAGAUUGCUGUGGUGAUUGUACUCAUUUAGUUUCUCAGCCAAUAAUAAAGAGAAUUGCAUCCUGA